AUGGGGAGUCGACACGGAUAUUCUUGCAACUGGUCAUUAAGGAAAUUGAUGCAGGAAACUGGCCGCACAUGUCAAUCAAGCCAAACGGGGUACCGUUCAUUGCCUAAGACGUUUGAGGUAGCAACUGGGAGGCUGCAUUCACCGAAACAACUUAAAAACAAGUACAAUUUAUUGAAGAGCAAGUGGCGUGCAUGGUCUAAGCUAAUGGAUUUCUGGAAAGGUCCAACUGGAAUUGGCUUUGACCAAGUUACUAGGUUGUUCAAUGCGUCGGUUGAUUGGUGGGCAAAAAUGGAGAAGAUGGACAAAGACUGUUGCAAGGUCAGAACCAAAACCUUGGAGCAUCCGGAUUUGAUGGAGCCCAUCUUCACUAGCGCAGUGGCAACAGGCAAAAAUGCGUGGACGCCUGGCGAGACUCGUAACCCAACGGAGUUGGAAGGAGAGUCUGACAGUCUAGAAUUUUCCAGCGAUAACAAUGAAUUAGGAGCAUCAGAAAUGGCUGACAUGAUGAACUUUGUCAACAUCAAUCCCAUGGGUAGUGGAAGCAAGCAGAAGCAUUCCUCGGCCAAAACAUUGCAAGCAGCAUUGGCAACUAGCAUGGACGACUUGCUGUACGAAAUACAGGGACUAGACCCCACCGAUGCACUUCUUCAUUUUAAAGUCAUGCUUAUGGAGGUUCCAAACAAUCGAGAGAUGGUUAUGAAUAUUCCCACGAACCAAGGCAUAAUCGGGUGGGUACAAGUGAAGAAACAUGACAAAGAAAGGAAUGGAGGUGUCACUCUUGGUUUAACUAAUUGUGGUAUGAACAACGACGAUGAGGACGCUGCACGAAUGAAUCAAAUGUUAGAGGAUGUCACAACACUCACAAUAUAG